AGUAAACAAUACUUUUUUUUUUUAAUCCUUUAUUUUAGUUAGCUUCACUGUUGAUAUAAAUUAUUUAUUUAUAGAAAGAUUUUUUUAUUUAUUUAUAAAAUGACUGACAAUUCAGAAGUAGCCAACAAUGAAAAAGGUAAAAAAAGUGAGGUAGAAUUAUUGAUGGAUGAAAUUCCUCUCUUGAAAGAAUUAUUUGAUAUUCAUUACAAAGUCGGUGAGGGAACAUUUAGUAAUGUUUACUUAGCAACAAUGAAAUCUAACUGUGAUUCCAAGAAAUUCGCAAUUAAACAUAUCGUGCCAACGUAUCCACCAUCUAGGAUUGAACGUGAAUUAAAAUGUUUGCAAGAAAUUGGUGGAGCUGAUAAUGUCGUAGGUGUAGAAUUAUGUAUAAGAAAUGGACCGUCCGUUGCCUUUGUGAUGCCUUAUAUGAGACACUAUAAAUUUUCAGAUUAUGUGGGUGAUAUGAACCAAAAUGAACUUAAACAGUACAUGAGAGCUUUAUUAAUAGCGUUACGUAAAGUACAUUUAUUCAAUAUUAUUCAUCGAGAUGUGAAGCCUAGCAAUUUUUUAUAUGAUCGUCGCCAUAAAAAGUACUUAUUAGUAGAUUUUGGAUUGGCCCAAAAUUAUAUUGAAGACACGCAAAAUAAUAAUAAUUGUAUUAAUAAUAAUUUAAAUGACCACUUUGAAAGUUUAUCUAUGAAAAGAAAGCGGGGUGAUGAGAAUAAUCGACAAUCUCAAGCAACACUAAAAAAGUCUUCGGUGGAAAGUAAAUCUUGCUGCUUUGGCAAGCCUCAGGUGUGCUCUAACUGUUUGUUAAAGCCGUCACAAGUUGCUUCGAGAGCUGGUACUCCUGGGUACAGACCACCUGAAGUUUUGUUGAAAUAUCCGCAUCAAACUCCAGCAAUAGACGUAUGGGCAAGUGGAAUAAUAAUGCUGUGCAUCUUAAGUGCAACUCAGCCAUUUUUUCGAUGUCCAGAUGAUACUACUGCGUUAGCAGAAAUGAUAACAGUAUUUGGUAGUGCAAAAAUUCAACAGUGCGCUAAUAAACUGGGUAAAAAAUUAAUUUGUAGUGAAAAUAUAAUAGGAAUUGAUUUGAUUACACUUUGUCAAAAAUUGCGCCAAAGAAGUUACAAUAUUUCCCAACAAAAUAACACUACUAAUAACCGAAAGAAUACAUUAGCUGAAAAUUAUCCGCCCGAAGCAUAUGAUUUAUUGUCAUGCUUAUUGGAUGUAGAUUAUAAAACUCGCAUUUCAGCGAACGAUGCGCUCGAGCACCCAUUUUUGAAACCGUAAUUAAAACAAUUAACUAAAAUAAU